UCUCACUUUACAACCCAUCGCUCUUUCCGUGUCUUGUGCAUUUCGCCCUUCCUUCCAUCUCCGACUCAAGCGCUUCACCAUCUGAGCGCAGUUUUCCAAUCAAUCCCGCCCAUCAUCGACACCUCUCCACGCAAGCGCCAUGUCUCGCCGCUACGAUUCACGAACAACCAUCUUCUCGCCCGAGGGUCGCCUCUACCAGGUUGAAUACGCUCUUGAGGCCAUCUCACACGCCGGAACUGCUCUGGGUAUCUUAGCCAAGGAUGGCAUCGUCCUUGCCGCCGAGCGCAAGGUUACUAGCAAACUGCUCGAACAAGACACAUCCGCCGAGAAGCUGUACACUUUGAACGACAACAUGAUCUGCGCCGUCGCUGGCAUGACCGCCGAUGCCAACAUCCUCAUCAACUACGCCCGCUCAGCCGCCCAAAACUACCUCCUCACCUACAACCAAGAGAUCCCUUGCGAGCAGCUUGUCCGUCGUCUGUGUGAUUUGAAGCAAGGUUACACUCAACACGGUGGUCUUCGUCCCUUCGGUGUUUCGUUCAUUUACGCUGGUUACGACGACCAGCGCCAGUUCCAACUCUACCAGAGCAACCCCAGUGGCAACUACGGCGGCUGGAAGGCUACCAGUGUCGGUGCCAACAAUGCCAGUGCUCAGAGUCUGCUCAAGCAAGAUUACACUGAUGAGUGCUCGUUGAGAGAGGCCUGCGGUCUGGCUGUCAAGGUCUUGAGCAAGACUAUGGACUCCACAAACCUCAGCAGCGAGAAGAUCGAGUUCGCCACUGUCGGCAGAACAAAGGAGGGCACUGUCUACCACCACCUUUGGGGUGCCGAAGAGAUCGACGCUCUGCUCAAGGAGCACGGCCUGGCCAAGCCCGCAAGCUCAGAAGAUACCACCGAGCAAGCUGUCGGUAGUGCCGGCUACGCUGAGAACAGACCCGAAAACUAAUCCGUCUUUCUCAUCUCUUUUCGUUGUAACAGUAGUUAACUUGAUGACGGCAUUAUCGAUUAUGCAUCUUUGGGCUGGGAAUGGUGCGAGG